AUGUCGCUGUUUGUUACCGAUGAUUCGGAUGAGGAGCUUCAACAGGAACUUACGAUACUGGGGGACCAGCAGACUUAUGAUGAAGCAGCAGAGGGGCAAGGCCCAGGGGCACAAGAGGCGACAGAAGAAGAACUUUACCCGCUGAUGGCCAAAAAAGACGAUACAGAGAGGCCCGAAUUUACUGAUAUUCAGCCUGUUGAUAUUCAGCUCUCUGUGGCUCUUCCUUUCCAGCAAAUCAUUGUAGAAAAUACCUUGAUCUCAGAAGACUGCCUGCUCAUCAUGGCGAUGGGACUGGGAACGAUACAAGUGGUCUCGAACUUGCUGCAUGUUCUCGCGACGCCGGUGCGAAUCAAAAAUAGUGACAAGAGGUCGCUUGUUUUGCUUCUGAAUGCAUCAGAUGACGACAAUCGGCGGAUGGAGGAUGAGCUGAUGGAGCUUUCGUGGUUAGCGGCUGAUGCGACGGAUCGGCCCUUUGUUAUCAUCAACAGCGACUCGCAUAGCAUAGCUCAGCGCACAGAGGUAUAUUCCAGUGGUGGGAUAAUUUCUGUAACGUCGAGGAUCCUUAUUGUCGAUAUGCUGUCUGGAAUUAUCCAUCCUAACGUCGUGACUGGCUUAUUUAUCAUGCAUGCUGAUCUUUUAACGAACUACUCUACUGAAUCUUUCAUUGUGGACAUUUACCGGGAACAUAACCGUUGGGGGUUUAUAAAGGCUGUUACCGAGUCACCUGAAUCACUGGUAACCGACUUUUCUCCUCUGCUUCGGAAGAUGAGGGACCUGAAACUUCGACGCAUUCUACUAUGGCCACGCUUUCAUGCAGAUGUUUCUUCAUCUCUUCAUGCGCAGAAGAAUAACACCGUCGUGGAGAUUAAGGUGUCACUCACAGACUCCAUGGAGAAAAUCCACUACGGCCUACUAGAAUGCCUAAAGAAAUGCAUCAAUGAGCUGGUGAGAAAGGUACCAGAAUUGGCCAAAGAAUCCUGGUCUAUUGAAAACGCCUUGGAUGCACAUUUUAUGAAAUCGAUACAUGCUGAACUACAGCCCAGGUGGCAUCGAAUUUCGUACGAAUCAAAACAACUUGUUAAGGAUAUAUCCACGUUGCGAAAACUCCUGCAUGCAUUGGUUAGUUAUGACGCAGUAGACUUCUAUGAACUUAUUAGGGUCAUACUGGAUGCAAAUAAACCAUCAAUUUCGCGAAAAUAUUCCGAGUCGCCAUGGCUGUUAGCCGCGGAGUCACAGUUGGUCAUAUCCUAUUCUAAAAAACGGGUCUAUCAUGAUGAUGAAUACGAGCUUGAGGAACAGCCGAAGUGGGAACAACUGAUCUCUCUUCUUGAUGAUAUUUCUUAUGAGCGAAUGGCGAAACCCCACACUUACACUGGGCCUACUGUGAUUAUAUGCUCCGAUGAGCGAACGAGGCAGCAACUGGGGAGAAUUCUUAGCUAUUACAACUCCAAAGAAGGAAACAGAAAGAUGAUGAUUCGGAAACUGCAAAGUUACAUUAGGCAUAGAGAUCAGGUGCAAAGCACGGCAAAGGAAAUACAAGAGCAACAUGAAUCGCGAGAACUGCAGGUUUCUAGGGCCUUCGCCAGAGAGGAGGUAAUCUCAAAACGACGGAGAACUCGUGGUGCUUCAGCUGUUGCCGCUGUGACAAAGCUUCAUACUGCAUCCGGUACAGGUCAUGAUAUAGAUGGGAAAAUAUCCAUUGAAGCCUUGGAACAAGAACGCGAACGCUUACUAGAUCCUGAUGACGCUUUCAACACCUUUGAAUCAUUUGGGGAUAUUGAUACCCAUGCAGAAGCUUAUGACUUAUAUGACGAACAAUAUUUAGAUGAUGUUGCUCCUUCUAUCACAAGGGAAGACUGGCAGAAGAGAGCUGGAAACUACGAAUACGUGCACCCAUAUGACCAAGUAUAUCUGGCAUGUUAUUACCACAAAGACACUGAGUCUCUACUAUAUGAGCUUCUACCAUCGUUUGUCAUAAUGUAUGAACCAAAUCUCUCUUUCAUAAGACAAGUUGAGGUUUAUAGGGCAACUCAUACCAAUAAAUACAUCAAAAUCUAUUUCAUGUAUUAUGGUGAAAGUGUCGAAGAACAAGCACAUUUAUUGAAUAUAAAGAAGGAGAGAGAGGCAUUCACCAAGUUAAUCCGAGAAAAUGCACAACUUGCACAGCAUUUUGAAGCGCCUGAAGAUAUAUCUCGUUACAAAAACUUGGCACAGAGGAGAAUGCAGCUUAUCAGACAAAAGAACACACGGAUAGCAGGAGGGCAAGCUGCAAUAGCAGUACAAACUGAUGAUAUUGUCAUUGUUGAUAUAAGAGAAUUUCGAGCACCGCUACCUGGCUUGCUGUAUCGCUAUGGUGUCAAAGUGCUUCCGUGUAUGUUAACUGUCGGUGACUAUAUUAUUACUCCUAAAAUAUGCAUUGAACGGAAAUCUAUCGCUGACCUGAUCGGUAGUUUUAAGAACGGAAGAUUGCAGAAGCAAUGCAGAGAAAUGGCUAAGUAUUACGAACUGCCUACUUUACUACUGGAAUUCGAUGAUAGUGAGUCGUUUUCCCUCGAACCUUUCGGCGAACGGGGCUACACUACCACCACAUCAUCUACAAUUCAUCCAAUUAGUAACAAGUUAAUGCAGGAAGAGAUUCAACUAGAGUUGGCGAAAUUGGUCUUGCGUUUUCCCAAUUUAAAGAUCAUUUGGUCUUCUUCGCCUCUACAAACUGUGAAUAUCAUACUAGACCUGAAGUCAGGUAGGGAGCAACCCAACCCUUCGGUCGCAGUAGAGGCUGGCAAAUCCAUUAAAAAGACCGAUUCGAAUGGGAACUCUAAAAUUGAAACUAAGCAAUUUCAUGAACUCUCGACAGUUCCUGGUCUUUCCAGUAUUGACUAUUAUAACCUUAAGAGAAGGUAUCGAACUUACAAAUCUCUGAAAAGGGCGACUAUUGAAGAUAUAUUACAUGUUGUUGUCGACAGAGAUCUGGCGGAGCGCAUUGUUACUCAUAUCCAAAGAGAAUCUGAGCUGCAACAAUAUGAGGAGGAUGGGAGGAAUGAGGUAUGA